AUGGCGUUCAACAAAUCAAAUUUAAAUGAAAAAAUUGAUGAAUUAAAACCAAAAUUCAUUGAAAGAUUAAGAUCCGCUGUGGAAAUCCCAUCAGUCUCAGGUGAUGAAUCUCUUAGACCACAAGUUGUUAAAACUGCUGAAUUUUUACAAAAAGAACUAAUUGCACUUGGUGCUCAAGAUAUUGAAUUAAGAGAAUUAGGUACACAACCACCACCAGUUGCAAACAAGGAUUUACAAUUACCACCAAUUGUCCUAUCAAGAUUUGGUAAAGACCCAUCCAAGAAAACUGUAUUAGUUUAUGGUCAUUAUGAUGUUCAACCUGCUGCUUUAGAAGAUGGUUGGAAUUCUGAUCCUUUUAAAUUAGUUGAAAAAAAUGGAGUUCUUUAUGGUAGAGGUUCUUCUGAUGAUAAAGGUCCUGUUAUUGGUUGGUUAAAUGCUAUUCAAGCUCAUAAGGAAUUAGGUUUAGAGUUACCAGUUAAUUUAAUUACUGUUUUUGAAGGAAUGGAAGAAUCUGGUUCCCUUGGGUUAGAUGAAUUAAUUAAAAAAGAAGCUAAUGGUUAUUUUAAAGGUGUUGAUGCUGUAACAAUUUCUGAUAAUUAUUGGUUAGGUACUGAAAAACCAGUUUUGACAUAUGGUCUUAGAGGAGUUAAUUAUUAUGAAAUUGAAGUUAGUGGACCAAAUGCUGAUUUACAUUCUGGAUUAUUUGGUGGGAUUGUUUCAGAACCAUUAAAUGAUUUAGUUAAAUUAUUAGCAAAUUUAGUUGAUGGUCAAGGUAAAAUUUUAAUUAAAGGUAUUGAUGAACAAGUUGCUCCAUUAACCGAAAAAGAAGAUAAAAUUUAUGAUGAUAUUGAAUUUGAUGUUAAAGUGUUGAAUGAUGCUACAGGUUCUGAAACUGCUUUGUAUAAUGAUAAAAAAUCUAUUUUACAACAUAGAUGGAGAUAUCCAUCUUUAUCAAUCCAUGGUAUUGAAGGUGCCUUUGCAGAAGCUGGUGCUAAAACUGUUAUCCCUGCAAAAGUUAAAGGUAAAUUUUCAAUAAGAACAGUUCCAAAUAUUGAAUCUAAUAAAUUAACAGAAUUAGUUAUUAAACAUGUUGAAGAACAUUUCGCAACCCUCAAAUCACCAAACCAAUUAAAAGUUGGUUUAAUUCAUGAUGGUGAUUAUUGGUUAAGUGAUCCUUUUAAUGAAAAUUUCACUGCUGCAAGAAAAGCCACCAAGGCAGUUUGGGGUAUAGAACCAGAUUUAACAAGAGAAGGUGGUUCAAUUCCAAUUACUUUAACUUUUGAAAAAGAAUUGAAAACUUCUGUCUUGUUAUUACCAAUUGGUAGAGGUGAUGAUGGUGCUCAUUCAACUAAUGAAAAAUUAGAUUUAAGUAAUUAUAUUGAAGGUGUUAAGACUCAAUCUGCUUAUUUACAUUAUUAUGCUCAAGGUGAGAAAUAA